AUGACCUCAUGUACUGCAACCAUUAAUAUCAGCCCGCCUACUCAUAACAGUCCCGAUGCUAACACUAUGAUUGAGAAUAGGAAAAUUAUUGAUGACGAGUUUCAGCAAAUAUUUCGUCGUGCCCAAGAAGCUAUUAAUAAAGGAGUUCACCCAAGUUUAAUUCCAGAAGGGAGCUCAGGAUCUUACUUUGUCUAUGACGUUGACGGAGAAAUUCUAGGCGUUUUCAAGCCAAAAGAUGAAGAGCCAUUCGCAUCAUUAAAUCCAAAAUGGCCUAAAUUCUUCCAACGAAUGCUUUGUUUUUGCUGUUUUGGACGUGCCUGUCUUAUUCCAAACACUGGAUAUUUGUCGGAAGCAGCGGCGAGUAUAGUCAGCGAAAUGAUGCAACUUGACGUUGUUCCAACUACACGCAUUGUCAAACUUGCAUCUCCGUCGUUUUACUACUCGCGAUUUUUCGGUAACCCUGACGUUCGCCCAAAAGAGGGAAGUUUUCAACUCUAUGUCAAGGGCUACGAAAGUGGAAAUACAGUUUUCGCGAGAUGGAAUUACGAUAAAAAAUUAUUAUCGGAAGAAGAGGAGGCUAAGUUUCGAGUGCUAUUUCAAAAAAUGUGUAUAGUGGACUAUGUGAUCCGCAACACCGAUAGACAUAUGGAUAAUUUACUAGUAAAGCACGUUCCUGGAAAAGAAAUUCAGUUGGCGGCAAUUGACAAUGGCUUAGCGUUUCCUGUAAGGCAUCCGGAAUGUGCCUCGAGCCAACUUCGAGUUGUGCGUGGGCAACUAUGGAAUCUCAGGCAAGCUCUUCUGCAAAACGAGACUCCCGCUGAAAUGGCACGACGUGAACCGGUCGUCGUGAAUCGCAGAUAUCGUCGAGGAGAGCCAAACACAGACGACUGGGAUAAGUGGUUUCGAAUCAAGAUGCCCAACUACUCAUCACAACAGAUGUGCUGA